AGCCUGUAACGUAGGGUUCAAAGGUGAUUGGGUGGGAGGCGCAGUGACGUAAUCCGCGCGCGACACUCGGAGGCCUGCAAAAGGACAGCAGGAAUUAAGCAUAGCCGCGGACCAGGCAGGAAAUUCCAGGCUUAGCUAGCUGCACCACUAUGACCAAGCUCCUGCAGUGGCUCUGGACUCUGGCCUUCCUGGGCACCGCCUGGGCAGUUCUCACUCUGGACCUCUUAGGGCUUGAUCUCCUGCCCCUGGCCUGGUACCAAGUGCUGUGGCCGCUGCCGACCUACCUGCUGGUGGCGUUUGGCUGCUACUCGCUGGGCGCCGUCGGGUAUCGCCUGGCCACCUUCAACGACUGCGAGGAGGCAGCGCGGGAACUGCAGGCGCAAAUCCGAGAGGCCCGGGACGACCUCGCCCGCCGCGGACUGAGGUUCUGACCCUCUGUGCGACCGGACUUGGCUGGUGGAAAGACACCCCCUCUGGACCAAUAAAUAGAUUUCGGAGAAUAUGACAGAGCUAUUGAGGCUGGUGGUGGCUUUUUUUAAAAAAAAUAAUCAGAUCAGUGGCAGCUGACGGCUACCAGCUUGGAUAGCUUUAGAAGAGGAUUAGACACAUAUAUGGGGGAUAUCCAUGGCUACUAGCCCCAAUAGCUAUGCUCUGCCUCCACAGUUGGAAGCGGUUUGCUUCCGAAUACCAGUUGCAGGAAACCACAGGAGGGGAGAGUGCUGAUGCGCUCAGGUCCUGCUUGCGGGCUUCCCAUUGGUUGGCCACUGUGAGAACAGGUUGCUGGACUACAUGGGCCUUUAGAAAUAUUUCUAAUAUUCAAAUAUUUAGAAAUGUUAAGAAAUAUCCAACUGCAAGGCUCUUCUUAGAUACUUAGGGGUGAAGGAGGGCUAUCGAUUUCACACCCUGCCUGUUGGCUUCCUGGAGGUAUCUGAUUGGCCACUGUGAUAACAGGUUGCUGGAUUAGAUGGGACAGUGGCCUGAUCCAGCAGGCUCUUCUGAUGUUUUUAUUCGUAACGGUCCCUACACUAGGAAAAGGAAAGAACAGAAGGUAACGGAGAGGUUGUACAGUGUAUCUCCCCUGGUUCAGGAUUUGAGCAACUCCUUGCCGCUGGAUGGAUACAGGAGCGUGGAAGAGCUCUUGACCAGAAGCAGAAGUGGAGUGCUUUAUGCCUGAUGUGGUUCCAAGCCUGCCUUUGCGAUCUGAGCUAGGCAGAGGCAUUUUGGGGGUCACGAUGGCUUCUUCAUGUUUCAAAACCAACUCCUUAAGUACACUUUUUACCUCUCACCGCCUUGUGUAGGCAAAGGAGGGGGCUUCGGUGACAUCAGAUGAAAGGUGACCGAUCUCUGGGGAGAAUGUUCUCCUUAAUUUCCCAGGAAAGGGUGAGGGUCAUGGGUCGGUUUUUAUGACUCGUGUCCCCUGCUCCCAGACACAUGUGGAGUCAAACGCUGCCUGCCUGAACGCCUUCCAGAUAAACACCCCUUGAUGUAUUCUCUAACCCUUGCCAUAAAUAACGUAUAAUUGCGGGAAAUCACUUCUAGCCUACCGAAGAACUCUUGCCAACUUCUCAAGGCCUACCAGAAGGGACCCAUGUUUGACAUUUGUCCGUGUUAUCGCCUGGUUGUUCUGCGGCAAUUAAGCCGGGACAUACAUGUUCAUGUCACGUAGCGUUUAAUCAAGACAGGAAGGUCAGUGCAAGGGGGGGGGGAGUCCAAGAAGAUAUUUCCCAGGAUGCAUCAUGGCUUAUGCCAGGCCCCAGUCCAUGGAGGUGAACCAGAGUUCUGGGGCCAUGGGCAGUCUUCACAAUUUUAUGGUUUUGUAAUUCUGUGAAUGGUUUAAGGCCUUGUGCCGCCACCGAACCCUGCCCAGUUGGCAUUGACUUGUGACAGGGCCUUUCCUGUGGUGGCCCCCUGUUUGUAGAAUGCCCUCCCCAGCGAGGUGAAUCCGUUUUCUUCACUAUUGACUUUCUGGAGGAAUUCCAUUCCUGUUUACCCAGGCAUUUGAUGGCUGAAGAAGAUUGUUCCUGGCAACCUGAGUAUCACUGGUGAAAGAAUGUUUUUAAGCUGUCUCUUAGAAAAUUUUAAAGUCUGUUUUACUAUAUUUUAACUCUGUUUUAGAAUGUUUUUAAUAAGCAUUUCUUUUUCUUGUUAAAUUGUUUUGUUUACGUUUGCCACCCUGGGCUCCUGCAGGAGGAAGGUUGGGGUAUAAAUUCAACACAUAAAUAAUGCUUUUAUUGUACACCACCGUGAGAUAUAUUUAUAUAUAUAUAUGAGUUGUCAGUUUAGAAAUACUAUUAUAAAUCAUAGUGAUAGAACCUCCAGGAUCAGAUGCAGUAUACCACCAAAUUCAAACCAUUAAGGACAGGCAGACGUCAAGGGAAGCUAAGUAAGUCAUGCCCAUUCAGUUCAAUGCGUUUACUCUGAGUCUGACGAAUGCUGGAUGCAACCCUCUUUCUUUCUUGGAGUCCAGUCUGCAAAAGAAUCCUGUGUGACUCAAAAGCUGGAAAUGCUAGUGGAUCCAAUUUUUCUGCUUAAAGGUUAUCUGCUCUCCAUGGUUGCAUUUC